UACAAGUAGUGGUUGGUAACUUUUUGUCCCAGCCCAAGUCCCGACCUCGCACUCUCAUGUGGCUCUUAACUUGAUGACUCUCAAGAUGAUUUUUGUUUAUAAUGGACAGAGAUUCCAUCGUUUUUUUUUAUUCCUCUGGUUAAUUUAAUUUCAAGAUUCCUACUACCUAAAAUUACAGGACUUCUCUAAUCACCCAGAAUUCUUAAAUCUCACCAGCUCCCUACCCCCUCUUGCCACCACCUUUUUGCAUCCGCCAGCAAGUGGGCAAUAACACCUUUGUUUCUUCCCAUGAUUUAAGUCAUCUGGGGGUGAGGUUAAAGUUCUGGGCUUUUGAUUCGGUUUCGCUCUCUCUUUGCGGUCUGCGCAUCAAAUAAAGUUUGCUCUCUUGCAGAUGGGGGAAGUAGCAAAGGACUUGACUGCCGGGACAGUCGGGGGUGCUGCACAAUUGUUAGUUGGGCACCCCUUUGACACCAUCAAGGUCAAGCUCCAGAGCCAGCCUGCUCCACUCCCUGGCCAAGCUCCAAAGUACGCUGGUGCAGUAGAUGCUGUCAAGCAGACUUUAGCUGCUGAAGGCCCAAGGGGGUUAUACAAAGGUAUGGGAGCUCCAUUUGCUACUGUGGCAGCCUUCAAUGCUGUUCUUUUCUCAGUGAGGGGACAAAUGGAGGCAUUGUUGAGGUCUGAACCUGGUGCCCCACUUACUGUAAACCAGCAAGUUGUUGCUGGUGCGGGCGCUGGAGUUGCUGUUUCUUUUCUUGCUUGUCCCACUGAAUUGAUAAAGUGCAGGUUGCAAGCACAAAGUGCAUUGGCAAGUUCAGACUCAGCAGUGGUGGCAGUGAAGUAUGGAGGGCCAAUGGAUGUGGCCAGGCAUGUUCUCAAAUCAGGUGGUGUGAGGGGUCUCUUCAAGGGCUUGGUUCCUACUAUGGCACGUGAAAUUCCUGGAAAUGCUGCUAUGUUUGGUGUCUAUGAAUUGUUGAAGCAGUCCUUUGCAGGAGGCCAGGAUACUUCUCAUUUGGGAAGGGGCUCUUUGAUUGUGGCCGGUGGCUUAGCUGGCGCUUCCUUUUGGGCAUCUGUCUACCCCACUGAUGUCGUCAAAAGUGUCAUUCAGGUUGAUGAUUACAAAAAUCCCAAGUUCUCGGGCUCCAUCGAUGCUUUUAGGAAGAUCCUGGCGUCUGAAGGUAUCAAAGGCUUGUACAAGGGUUUUGGCCCUGCCAUGGCUCGAAGUGUCCCUGCAAAUGCAGCCUGCUUCUUGGCAUAUGAGGUGACAAGGUCUAGCCUGGGGUGAUUGGCUCCAUCGGUUGCCUGGCAGAUAUCUGGAUUAUCUUCACCGUUGUUAUCAUAUUGCUUAUCUCUCUAAGUCGUCAUCAAUCAUUGAAUCAAAGAGCUCUUCCAAGUAAUUGUUUAGCAAUAUGAUAACAGGUUAUUUGUCAAAAGAACAUGCUAUUCAUCCUUCAAAAUUCAUGUACUCGGGUGAUGGAAGAAACACUUGCCAGUUACCAUCAAUUUAACAUGCAAUAGUUGCCUCUCUUUUUCUUGCUGAAAA